AUGAAUCCUUUGAAGGCAAUUGUUGCUAACCUCAGAUUCCUCGACUCGCCAGUCACCAGGAGACUCAUUGCAACUCGGUCUAUCCGACUCACUCAGAACCAGGUGACUCAUUUCUCUCUUCACACUCCAUCACCCUUUUUGGAUCAUUCUCGUGAUUUCCCCUUUCCCAACCUCCACCGAAAGAUCUACUUUUCUUCGAAAUCAAUUCCCAUUGCCGAGCUUAUUUUGACGAGCCAUUGGUCCAAGGAGUUAGAGCACGAGUUAGAAAAAUGCUACCCAUCCCUGACCCAUGAAACUGUUGUUUACGUUUUGAAGCGGUUGGAAGCAAGCCCAGAAAAAGCAUGGCGCUUUUUCGAUUGGGUCAGUACCAAAAAAUGGUUUAGAGCAAGUUCUACAGUGUAUGGUUUAAUCCUUAGGAUCUUGGCCACUGAGGUGACGAUAAAACAAUUUUGGAUUACUCUAUGGACUAUGAAGAGAAGAGGGUUUUAUUUUUAUGAAGAAAUGUAUUUGUCAAUUUUAGUCGUUUUUAAAAGGAAAAAGAUGGACAGGGAUUGCACGUCUCUUACCCACUUCUAUAAUCGGAGUAUCCGGGAGGAUGCAAUGCAUAGUUUUGUUGCCAAUGUUGUUGGCAUCAUUUCAGCGUCUAAAUGGGGUGAUGAUGUUAAUGGUGAACUUGCAAAGGUUAAAAUUCAGCUCUCCGAUAAUUUUGUAAUAAGGGUUUUGAGAGAGCUUCGAAGCACUCCUUUAAAGGCUUACGAGUUCUUUCGUUGGGUUGGUAGACAAUCUGGUUAUGAGCAUAAUACAGUGACUUAUAAUGCACUUGCAAGAGUUCUGGCGAGGAUAGAUUCAAUUGAGAAGUUUUGGAGUGUUAUUGAGGAGAUGAACAGUGUGGGUCAUGAAUUGGAUAUUGAUACUUACUUAAAGAUAUCAAGGAUGCUUCAAAGGCAUAGGAUGAUGGAAGAUGCUGUCAAGCUUUAUGAGCUUAUGAUGGAUAGUUCGUAUAAGCCAUCUGUUGAGGAUUGCAGCUUUCUUUUGAAAAGUAUCUCUGAAAGUGAUAAGCCAAAUUUGGAUUUAGUUUUCAGGGUUUCUAAGAAAUAUGAGUCAACAGAGCACACACUCCCCAAGGCAAUCUAUGAUGGGAUCCACAGGUCUUUGACAAAUUCUGGGAAACUUGACGAAGCUGAGAAUAUUGUUAAUCGUAUGAGAAAGGCUGGUCAUGAACCUGAUAACAUCACAUAUGGCCAAGUGAUUGUUGGAUUUUGUAAGAUGAGGAGGCUUGAAGAAGCAUGUAAAGUGAUGGAGGAAAUGGAAUCUUGUGGUUGCAUCCCUGAUACUAAGACUUGGACCCUAUUGGUCCAAGGGCAUUGUGUUGCGAAUGAAGUAGACAGGGCAUUACUAUGUUUACAUAAGAUGAUUGAAAAGGGCUGCAAUCUUGAUGCUGCUGUUUUAUGUGUUCUGACAGACAGUUUUCUUGGUCAAAAGCGAAUAGAUGAUGCAUACAAGUUACUUGUAGAGGUUGCUACCAAACACGGUGCAUCUCCGUCACGCAGUACAUAUGAGAAACUGAUUGUAAAUCUAUUGAAAAUUGAGAAAUUUGAGGAGGCUCUUAACCUUCUUUGUUUGACUAGGAUACACAAACACACACCAAUCAUUGAACCCUUUGUGCAGUAUAUUUCUAAUUUUGGGUCUGUUGAAGAUGCAGUAAAAUUCCUGAAGAGUAAGGGAAGUCCCCGGUCGUAUUUGAUCUACCUUCGUGUUUUUAAAUCUUUGGUUGGAAAAGGUAGACUUUCUGAGGCCGAAGAUCUAUUGAGCAAAAUACCCUCCUAUAUGAGUAAAACCAAAGAAAUCCGUGAACUUUUCGAUUCAAAUGUGUUUCGACUACGGCCUACGGGUUGA